GAUCGCCACAACUAAAGCCGAAGCUUGUCGAGCUCUACCGAGUGGUUUUACCUGUCCCCGAGAUUAUAAAAAAUACGAAAACAAAGAACGCGUUUUCAUGUUUGGAAUUUUUGUUGUAUCGAUUAAAAUUUUACUACAGCUCGGAAAAGUUCGGAUUAGACUUAAAAUACACAACAAAUUUACCAUUUAUUGAUAUUUUGGACUAUUUAUAUCAAUUUUUCAAGCGAAUUCUCAGUCAUCUACCUGUCCUUUUUUAAAAAAGAGAUAUCGUCUUUGCAGUAUGGCCGAUUCCAUGUCAACUUCCGCCUUGGGUUGUUGACAGUGACAGUGUUUGAGGAUAAGGAAUUUCGGUUUAGUUUGAACAUCACACUUUCUUAGGCGGCUUCCCUGCGUUCGUUGUGUCACACAAUGUUUUUAUUUUGAGUACUUGGUACAGUUCUAACAGCUGUGUGGAGAAAAAUUCCAGCCAUGCCAAGAAAAAAGGAAUGGCUGCACCUGCUAUUUUAUCUUUGGCUGUUCAACAUUUCUCAAGGUCAAGAAAUAGCCCCAGAAAUUACCAGUGAAAUCACAAGCUUUUAUAGACCUGCAAUAGAUUCAUACUUGGAAGUUGAAACUAAGAGCUUUAUUUACUUGAGUAUUUCUGCCAGCAAUGCCCUGAGAUUUAUCUGGACCUUUAAUGACACUGUGGUUAAAAACACUUCAGAGAGUGUCUAUCAGCUCACUGCUGCUGUAGAAAAUACAGGAGUCUACCGAUGUAUUGCUGAAAAUAAUUUUGCAGCUGUACGAAGCAGACCUUUUACACUGGUGGUCAAAGAAUUGGUAACCUUUCCACUGACUUCUGAUCAAACCUUUAAUCUUGAAGAAGGGAAGUUUGUUGUUUUCACCCCACCAAAUGUAACACACUUAAAUACAGCUAAUUACUCAUGGCUUCUGGGUGGUGAUAAAAUUCAACUUAGAGAUAGCGUUUAUAUAUCUCUUAAUAAUCAGCUGGUCUUGUUGAAUGUCAAUAGAAAUAUGAAUGGUAAUCAAUAUAAAGUCAAGAUGUCCCAUGUACUGCCAACCGGUAUUCUUGAAACCACAAGCAGCAACUUUAUACUAAGUAUUGCAGCCUCGACUGUAACAGCCACUCCAGAGUUUGUGAUCGAGCCACCAGUUUCUACAGUUGGUGUGGAAGGGCCAAAUGUUGUUAAAAUAGAAUGUGUUAUCAACGGACAAUCUGUUAGUCUUAAAUGGUAUCAAGGUACUGGAUCAUCAAGAAAAGAAAUCACAUCAGGAACAGCCAAAUACACGUUCACUGAUUCUAAUAGAGUUUUGACCAUUAGCUCUGUUACUUCAUCGGAUGCUGGAGUCUAUGAGUGUGAAGGCUCUGUGUCAGGACAGACAAAAACUCUAACAAAAUCAACUAGGCUUGAAAUUUUAGUUCCCCCCAAAAUGACCACUUCACCGGAUCAAAAAAAGAUUGUAAAAGAUUUUCAAGAAGUUUUUUUGAUAUCAUGUAACAGUACUGGUCAGCCAACUCCAAAAAUAAGUUGGUACUUCAAUGGAAUUAAAAUAUCAGACACAAACAGUACAAGGUAUCAGUUGUUCUCCAAUGGCACACUUUAUAUUGCCAGUGUGGAUUUAGAAGAUUCCGGGGUCUAUCAGUGUUUUGGUUCCAAUAGUGUUGGUGAAGCUCAAACUUAUACACAACUUGUUGUCAACAGUGCCCCACCCACAAUCACUGAGGGACCUACAAGCAAGGUAGUUAUUGAACUAGAAAACACAGGUUUUAUUUGCCGAGUCAAAGGUGGCCCACAGCCUGAUGUGUAUUGGACCAAAAAUGGCGUGAAUAUAUCCAAUGGAGAUCGCUUUUGGAUUAACAGUGAUCAGCUUUUAAUCAGUAGAGUUGUAAAAUCUGACAGUGGUCUUUACACCUGCACUGCUGUCAACAUCAAAGGACGAGUUUCAGCUAGUGCAAACCUCACUGUUAUAAUAAAAACACAGAUCACAAAGCCACCACAGAACAUGUCAAAAAUCCUGGCCACAGAUGCCACAUUGGACUGUGGAGUACUCAUUGACCCCUCCAUUACCCCCACUUGGUCCUGGUAUUUUUACAAGUCUCCUGACUUCAUUAAACAGAAUAUCACAUCUGACUCACGAUACAGCAUCUUGAGCAAUGGAUCUCUGGUUAUUGUUAAUUUGAAAGGUUCUGAUACUGGCAGAUAUGAGUGUGCUGUCAAAUCCCAAGGUGGCAGUGAUAGUAGGAUUGCAACAUUAACAGUCAUUGAUAUACCAGGAGCCCCAAGCAUCACAAAAGUUUCCCUGUACUCUCAAAUACCCAACAGUGUUAUGAUAAACUGGACUCAGAGUUAUGAUGGCGAUACUCCCAUUAUCAAAUUUAUUAUACAGAACAGGCAGGAAUCUUUUGCUGGCAUAGAUAUCAACCGACCGUGGGUUACCAUCAACAGCAACGUUGCUCCUGAACUCAGAUAUGCAGUUGUCAGUGGUUUACUACCCUCCCAGUAUUACCGUUUUCAAAUGAAGGCAGUCAACCAGGUGGGAGAGAGUGAACCCAGUCCUGCAGCCCCUGCAGAUGAGGCUAUUAAAAUGCCAGCUCAGCCACCAAGUGAAGCACCCAAAAACCUGUUCUGUAUGCCAGGACAGGGACAAGAGAUUGUAGUUCAGUGGGAACCUCCACCAGAAGCAUCAUGGAAUGGCAUUCUACUUGGCUACUAUAUAUUUUACAAGAUUGAAGCAUUUGGCGAUGAUACAGAAAGACUCCAAAACGUAAGUGGUAAAGACAUACGCCAGACCACCAUCAUCAACUUGGCCUACAACAAAAGAUACAGAGUAAGAAUCGCAGCGUACAACGAGAAAGGGCCUGGCGUGAACAGUUCAGAUUUUUUUGUCGUCACCGCCCAGGGGAAACCAAGUGCUGCCCCUAUCAAUGUGACCCUUGCUUCACCCAAUUCUACUACCAUUAGAGCUGAAUGGAAUCCACCACCACCUGGGCAGUUGAAUGGAGUCAAUCAGGGUUAUGAAAUAGAAGUUAGACAAAAUGGCAUCUUGAAAAAAUUUGAGGUUGUGCGGUUUGAUGAACAAAAUCCAAUAGGGAGACAGUCCUAUAACAUUGUGGGUUUAUCUAAGUACACAGUGUAUGAUGUUCAGAUAGCCUGUAGGACAGCUGUAGGAGCAGGACCACAAAGCCCAUCCCAGUCUAUACGCACACUAGAGGACAUCCCUGGACCUGUGGCAGAUCUAAAGAUAGUCAAUGUUAUAGAUCAGACACUGAAAAUUGUCUGGCAGCCCCCUUUAGAAACUAAUGGAGUUCUUACAGGCUAUACAAUCACAUACCAAGUCAAAGACAGUACAGCGUCCCCAGUGUCGGUUGACCGGAGUAAUGAAACGCUGUCCCACACUUUGAGCAAUCUGCUGUAUGAGACUACAUACAUCAUCUCUGUACAGGCCAAGACAAAAGUUGGGCUUGGCCCAGCCAAAUCUACAGAGAUUAAAUCAGGAGUCCCACCUGAAUUACCUGAACCACCUACACAACUGGCUGUAACCAACAUUGAAGCAAGAACAGUUAUGUUGCAAUUUAGACCUGGAGAUGAUGGGAAGACAUCUAUAACCUUAUGGAUUGUUGAAGCUCAAGAAGAAAAUAAUGCUACGUGGUUUAGAAUCUUCACUGUCAGUGAUCCAUCUGCCGACCAAAUUCUUGUACAAAACCUUCGGCCCUACACUCGCUACCAGCUUAGGAUCACUGCCCAGAAUGUGGUGGGCAACAGCCAGCCCAGUCAGCCCUGCAACCAGUUCCAGACUAAACAGGCAGCGCCAGGUGUUCCUCCAGAGGACGUGACCCCCAGGGCUAUCAGCUCUAAGGCAAUCAGAGUCAGAUGGAGGCAAAUACCCCGCACAGAAUGGAAUGGUGACUUCUUAGGAUACAAAAUUCGCUACAGGAGAUGGAGCAAAGAUGUGGAUGUGAACACGACGUCUGCUGCUGAUCUAGAUCUAGUGAGGCAGCCUGACUGGACUACUGUGGAGCUAAGCAACGGAAGCAGCAUUCAGGAGUGGGUGCUGAGCAACCUUGAAGAGUGGAUGGACUACCAAAUCUUGAUGAUCUCCUACAAUGCUGUUGGCAGCAGUAACCCAAGCCCCACCCUCUCUGAAAGAACAGAAGAAGAUGUCCCCAGUACGUUUCCUGGAAAUAUUUUUGCCACAGCCACGUCAUCCACUAGUAUAACAGUUACCUGGCUACCUGUAUCCAUCUUACAACAGAAUGGAAACAUCAUGGGCUAUAAGGUUAUCUAUAAGCCAAGGCUCCCUGGAGCUGAAUCAAGUACAUAUGUGGUCAACGGGGCCACCAAGUUGACCGCAACACUUACUGGUCUCCGUAAAUACAUAGACUACGACAUCCAGGUGCUGGCUUUUAGCAGGAUUGGAGAUGGGACUAUUAGUAACUUUGUCACUGUGAAAACUGCUGCGGAUGUCCCAGGGCCUCCAGUCAUCAUAUAUUUCCCACAAGUCACUGAAACAACAGCCACAGUGGUUUGGCAGACGCCUAAUGAGCCUAAUGGCAUCAUCCAAGGCUAUAAGGUCUCCUACAAGCAGAGAGACCAGCCCGACUCAGUGCUGGACAUCAACUACACAGAAAAACCUGAGACUGUGUUCCAGCACACUGUCACCAACCUGACCAGGGAGACCUACUACAUUUUUGCUGUGACCGCUAGAACUGAAAAUGGCUGGGGGGAGGCAGCAAAAGUUGAUGUCUACACCAUUGCCAAUAGAGGUCGACCUGAUCCUCCAACCCUUCGUAUUGACAAAGAUGAAAUCAAAGCUAGGUCUGUGACCAUCAUCUGGACAGCUGGCAAUGAUAACUUUGGGCCUGUUAGAAACUUCACUGCCCACUACAAGAAGAGGGACGACAGUUGGAGGGUUGUGGAUCAAGCCAUUAAACCACAGUCAACUUCCUAUGUCGUUCAAGGACUCCAGCCCAACAGUCUCUACAUGUUUAGAAUGGUGGCCACCAAUGAUGUAGGCACCAGUGACUUCAGUAAUGAGUCCCCUGAGCUACAGACAGCACCUGAUAAACCAGAUGGAGCCCCACAGAAUGUGAAAAUUGUUGCGUUGACUCAAACUUCAAUCAAAAUUACUUGGGAGCCACCUCCAAAGCCAACAUGGAACGGAAGCCCUUUGAAUGAUGUCGUACAAUACAGAGAGGAAGGGGCUGGGGCUUUCAGAGAGGAUGUGGUGCCUUUUGGAGCAUCCACCACAACCUUGCAAGCCCUUACCAUUGGGAUCAAGUAUGAAAUUCAGAUUCUAACCACCAAUAGUGCUGGCCGCGGUCCGCCUAGUAUACUUCAGGUUUUUCGUGUUGGGGAUGUUGCCCCAUUCAAAGCUCCAGAAAAUGUGCAAAUGUUCAACCGGAGCUCUACACAGAUAGAAAUUACCUGGCAGCCACCACCUGCAGGCUCAACCAAUGGACAGCUGAUUGGAUACAAGGUUUUAUUUUGGCAAUCUCCAUCUAACGUGUGCGCAGAUGGCAGCCCAAUGCAGCUGUCUGUGACAGAACUGACGGCUGUGGUGAACAGGUUGUCCCCCUUCACCUACUACUGCUGCACUGUUCAAGCCAUCAACAUAGCAGGGGAAAGCCCAAAGAGCACACCUGUAUCAAGGAUGACAUCAGAAGAUUUACCUGGCCCACCAGAGAACGUCAGGUUCCAGAACAUCACACUCAAUGAGCUGAUCAUUCUGUGGAACCCUCCCAGAGUGCUGAAUGGGGUGAUCACACAUUACACACUGCAAUACUUCACUUCUGUUGAUGACCAGCAGACAGAUAUUUCCAAUCUCAGAAUCCCAGGAACAGAGACCAGGCAGUACAUUGACAACCUGAAGGAAAAUCUCAACUACACAUUUUCUCUAAGUGCCAACACUAGGAUUGGUAAAGGAGCCUCUAGAGACUUGAGUGUUACUAUAGGACCCCAGAAAGGUUCCCCUGAGGCCCCCAAAAAACCAGAGAUUACAACCCAAGACAAGGGGAAGACACUGCUACUCUCAUGGGCCAAUCAGGGGCAAGGUGCUACUCCAGUACUUGCCUACAAGAUUUAUUAUAAAGCAGAGGAUGACCAGACCUUUAGUUUUGUGCUGGAUGUGAACCACCCAGACCCCACAGCACAGAUCUCAAUCACCAGUCUUAGACCCAGCAUUGGCUAUUAUUUUCAAGUCCGAGCAAUCAACUCUAAUGGCAUCAGUCUGCCUAGUGCGCCCUCUGACCUCUACACAACACCAAGCACAGCAGUACCUGUCAAGCAGUCGUCAAGUCCAUUUCACACACAGUGGUGGUUUCUUGUGAUAGUGGCUCUAGCUGGUGUUAUCAUCAUCCUGCUUAUUAUCACUGUCCUGUGUUAUGUGGAGAGGCGCAGGAGAAAGGGAAAAGAAUUAAAGCGUUCAACAACCUCCACAACUGUAAUGACAACCACUCCGGAGCCUGAAGAAGGAGGUUUUCCUUCUAUGGAGUUACGGCGCUCUACCAGAAGUGUCCAGAGGAAUGGCAGAACUUCAAGUAUAUAUGCAAGGUCACCACCUCGGCCCAGCCCUGCAAGUGUGACCUACUCUGAGGGCAACCUACAUUUAGUGGGGGCCACAGGUGGAGCCAUACGACCCGUCCAGCCGGACGACUCAAGCUCAGUCCUGUCAGAGAAACCCUCCAACCUCGGGGACUCAUCAGAUGAAAUGAGUGACAGUGAUGCCAGCAGCAUGGAUUCCAUUGCCAAAGGUCCAGUACCCGCAUCCCCUCCUCCACCAGCUUUUAGUAACCAUAACAACCACUACAACAGGAGCUUCAGCAACAACACCAGUAGUGGGGCGGGCGCCAGCACCAGUAAGCCGCCCAGCAGGCACCAUAACCCUCCUCCCCGCUUUCAAAGCCCACACAACGCCUACACAUACACUGACAGUGAGGCGGAGAGCAGCCAUUACGCCUUCAGCUUAACAAAUGGCAACUUGGUUGUGAACAAUGUGGCAGGUGCCAGGACACCCUUGUCAGGUUUUUCUUCAUUUGUAUGACAAACAUCAUUGUGCCUAAUAGCACAGUUGUAACAGUUACAAUUUAAUCAUUUAUUUGCUUCCAUUGAUUCUUGAGAUCAAGUUGAAACCUGCCUGUGUACAGUGAGGAAAACUGCUCAAUGUUGGAGUUAUUUAAUUAUCGUGGCACUUGUCUCAGCAGGAUUGUUGAUGAAUGCUAGUCAUAAAUUUGUGAAUAUCAAAAAAUUGCCCAGUUAGAAGGAUUUUGUUGUAAAGGGAGACAAACCAAUUGGAAGAUGAAGUUUGAUUGCUAUUGGAUGAAGGUGCAACUAUUGCAACAAGGAGCUGAUCUCUUACUUCAGAUCUUUCUGCACUGAUUUCUGUGAUGAAUUUUCUCUGAUAAAUGUAUAAGCCUUAAUCUUGUUGUAUAAUCUUAUCUGUAAACUUGUUAUGUAAUGUUGAUUUCUUAUUCUUUUAUAAUAUUUAUAGGAUUAUUUUAAGAAAAUGAUUUAAUAUAUAAAUCAAUAAGGGUUGAUUUUUAUAUAUUCAAUUUUAUAUCAAAUAUGAUAUUGUGUGGCAGCAUCAUUUUUGUAAGUGGUGACAUUUUUUGUAUGUGCUUUAGAUUUUAAUUUUGACCUUUAAACAAAGCAUGUAUGUUUCACUAGAAAUCUAACCCAAAAACAAGAAGAAAAAAGUUCCAACUUAAAAAAAAGUGUUGUCAAAAUCUAUAAGGGAUGCCCAAAUCUUCCAGUUUGCUAUGUAAUGUAAUUUUUAAGAAUCUCAUAGUGACAUUUCUUUUGUAGGUUGAUAUCUUAUGAAAUAUGUGUAAUCAAUUACUUGAUUUAAACUUAGUAAUCUUUAAUCAUAUUGAUAUUUAUACAACCAUUAUAUGAUAGAAUGCAAUAUACUGUCAUUGAAAAUGUUUUUUUUUAUAAUGAAAAUAUAAUUUCAGCAUAAAUAUUUUAUAAAUUCCAUUUUAUUUUUGUAUCUAGUGUUUUAUUAAAAGAAAGUGUGUAUUUUUAAAGUGUAAAAAAAGAGAAAUGACAAAGUGAUAUUAUGAAGCAGAGCUUUUUUUUAUAUAUAUAUAUAUGAACAAUUUUGGAAUAUAGAGGUAAGGUUUUCAAAAUUUUAUUUUGUAGAUUGCAUGAUUAGAGUUUUUAUUAGAUUAAAAAUAACUCAAAUCUUGAGCUGUACAUUUUCAUUAGCAUUUUUAUAUAUAACAUUAAAAGACAAAAAAAAUUAGACUACUUAAAAUUUUGCAUCAUCAGUUUGAGUUUUGUAAAAUAAAAUUGAAAAAGAACUGAUUCAUCUAUCAAAUUCUGCAAUGUUUUAUGGAUCUUUAUUUAAAUUAUUUUACAAUGUCAAAUAAUUUGAGAUUGAACUGUAAAUGGUGUAUAUUGAUUUAUGUAAAACUGAAAAGCUUUUAAUCUCAUAAAUCAAAAUUGUAUUUAUUAUUGUCUAUUAUUGGGUUUAGAGUAAUUUAAGUUGUUUUUUAAACUUUCGUUGUCAUGAACUGCUGCAAAAAAGAAUAACAAAAAUUAGGUUCCCCUGUUUUGGUCAGAAAAAGUAAUUUAAAUAGCUCUGCCAUUGUUUUAGUGUAAUUUUGUGAUUCUUGCUUUUUUUUUUGUUUUUUUUUUUGUGUUUAACCAAAUUUAGAGCAGGGGUUAGCAAUCUGAAGCCAAAUUAUGAAACAUUUAGCUCUUUUAAUUAGUAAACAACUUAGGUUAUUGAUUAAAUGACUGUAUAUCCCAACAAGUUUACCGACCACUUAUAUAGAAGAAUUAUUUCAAUUUAUAUAUAUGUGUAAGCACAACAACACAUAUAGAACAUUCUAUUUAACAAAUUAUUUCGUAACCCAGCAAGAUACCACAGGGUGUUUCUCUGUCACUGACAGGAACUAUCCAUAUGUAUUCUCACUGUUUGUAUAUAUUCAUGUACGUCUAUUAUUAUGGCCUUGAACAAAGUCUAUUUUUCUUUUUAAGGUAAAAUUUCUAAACAUAUAUUGACAGCUCUGUUUUGAUUAAGUUAAUCAUGUUUUGUCUUUAAAACAUAACCAAAUUUUCUUCAAAUGCCUUCUUUUUCUUGCAAUUUUUCAUAUAGUGUAACUAUAUGUUGAUGUGUUCUCUUCAUGCAAGCCUUAAUAAUCACAAGUACUUGAUUCAGACUGCAUUCCCAGUUACAAUAUUAAAGUGACAAUAAGUAUAUUAGUAUUGAAUUUGUUCAUACCUCCUUACCUCUCUUGGUGCUGAGUUAUCUUCUCUUGCUGCUUCAGUAUGUUAAUGUUAUAGAUAUUAUGUGUGACCUGAUUGAUCAAUGUAUAAUAACUACCAUUUGAUUUUUACAAAUUUUGAUGCAAGCUCAAUCAUUGCAAAGUUGAUCCUCAGCGGUUUCCCUUUAUUUUGUUAUGCUUAUACACUAGAUGUUGUACAUACAAAUUUUGUUUUAAAAUAUUAUUUAUGCAAAUUUAUAUAUAAAUCCAUGUAUAUAAUAGCUGAGCUAUUCAGACACUGUUCUGUAUUAUUUACCAUGUAUGAUGAAAUACCAGUGUUGAUUUUAUUUAAUGUUCAGUUUGAAAUACAGGAGAUGGUCAUGUAGCUUGCUUGAAUUGAUUUUGAGCUUUAAACAUUUUUGGUAAAGUUGUUUGUACAUUUCUAUUUUUUAAAUAAACACUUGUAAAAAUAAUGUAAUUUAUGAUAUUUUAAAGUUUUGACUUCUGUAGUUCUAAGAGGAAGAAUACACUUUCAUUUUAAUGGAGCUUAACUUUAAAGGUAACAAUUUAACUACUUGUCACAACAAAAAAAAAGAUUUUGUUUUUGAAGUUUAAGAAUAGAGAAUUUCAUUUUGGAACAUACAAAUAUAAGUCUUCGUGAACUAAGUAAGAAAUAUAAAAUCAAUCAAAAUUAGAUCCAGUACAUGACAGUGAUGUCGAAUAG